AUGGCAUCAGUAACCAGAAUAUCGGCCGCCAUUCACGCAACCAAGCGAACGCAGUACCAUCUCGAUCUCAAAGAGAUGCAUCGGAAAUACGGCGACUUCGUCCGUACGGGCCCUCGAGAAAUCUCAAUCAAUCGACCAUCGGCAGUCCACCUCACAGCGGGUCCUCAAUCUGCGUGCACAAAGCCAACAUGGUACAGCCAUGUCUCUGACAACGUAACCCAGGUUUCGCUCAACUCAACCCGUAGCCCUGAUGCACACCGUCGGCGACGGAGGGCUUGGGACCGUGGAUUCAGCAUGAAGGCCCUGCCAAUCUACGAGCCCCGACUCCAGCACAAAGUGGACGUUCUUGUCUCCCAGAUCCGGUCGCGUCUCGGCCAGCCGCUGAAUAUCACCCAGUGGACUAUGUACCUGGCCUUUGAUGUGAUGGGUCUUGUCGGCUUCUCGAAGGACUUCCGGCAACUCGAAGACGCGGCCGAACACGCAGCUAUCAAAGAGCUCCACGAACAGAUGCUGGUUCUUGGGAUCUUGAAGCCUGUUCCCUGGGUUCUGACGAUUCUAGGUGGAAUUCAGGGCCUAGUCGGUAACUAUGGGCAGUUUAUGACAUACUGCGCUGAUCGAAUAGCGGAGAAGAAGGCCGAAUGGGAAGCAUCCGGCAGCAAAGUCCCCCAAGAUAUUAUUUCCUGGCUGUUUAAAGCAAUCGACGAGAAGGAUCAGUCUGCUCCUCCAGGAGAGCAGGCACUCAACGAAGACGGCCGACUCCUCAUCAUCACAGGCAGGCAAGUCCACGACACUACGGGGGUAGCUUUAGCAAACGCGUUCUACUUCCUAACCAAGCAUCCAGCCGUCUACAAGAAGCUUCAAGCGGAGCUCGACGCCGCCUUCGCAGAAGGGAGUGAGACGUCGAACAUAAACAACGAAGCUCUUCGAAAACUUCCAUACCUCGAAGCCAUCAUCAACGAGACCCUCCGUCUCAAACCAGCCGUCCCCAGCGGCCAGCCGCGACAGACACCACCGGAAGGCCUGCAGAUCGACGAAGUCUGGAUCCCAGGCGACACCAUCGUGGUCGUCCCGCAAUAUGUCGUCCAGCGAGAUGACCGGUAUUUCCCAGCAGGAGACGAAUUCAUACCCGAGCGCUGGCUGGAUCAAAAGGAUAAGUUGGUCAAGCAUGAAGGGGCGUUCUUUCCCUUUCAGCUCGGUCGAUACGGCUGCGUCGGGAAGCAGCUCGCUCUCAUGGAGAUGCGCCUUGUCAUUGCACGUAUAGCUCGAGAGUUCGAUAUUGGUUUUGCACCCGGGCAGACGGGCGAGGCGUUUGAUCGGGAUGCGAAAGAUACGUUUACGUUUACUGUUGGGCCGUUGAUGCUGGACUUUAAGGGACGGAGUAAGUAG